AUGCGGUCCCAGCAUUGCAGGGGGCAUGACUGGAGGAAAGUGGACGUAGCAAGGGUAAAUGGGGGGACGGGUGCACCUCCCAGGGCUCAGGCUCCCCCGGGCAGCGACCAGAGGUGGCGGUGGUGGCGGCGGCAGCGUCUCCCACAGCACAAGCAGAUGGAUUGGGGCACCGAGCUGAGCUGUGGGUUUAGCCAGAAGCAGUCCUUUGUACAGAUUCUCCAGGAGGUGAAUGACGUUGCAGGCCAGCAAGAACUGGUGGCUGAGAACCUCAGCAUGCUUGUGUGUCCUGAGCUGCUCAAGUACUCACAGGAGUUGAAGCAGGAGAGGAAGAUGCACUUCCAGGAAGGAUGGCGGGCUCAUCAGCAGCUGGAAAGUGGCUUCAAACAGCUUGAAAAUAGUAAACAUAAAUUUGAGCAAGAUUGCCGGGAGGCAGAGAAAGCAGCCCAGACCGCUGAGUGGCUAGACCAGGAUAUCAAUGCCACCAAGGCCGAUGUGGAGAAGGCCAAGCAGCAAGCCCACCUUUGGAGUUAUGUGGCAGAAGGAAGCAAGAAUGAAUAUGCGGCCCAGCCAGACCAGGCCCACUUCUGUGUUUCACAGAUGCCCAAGAUAUUUGAUAAACUGCAGGACAAGGAUGAGCGUAGAGCCACCUUCAGUGAGAUCAGUAAGUCAGGGUACUGGCUGCUGUCAGAGACGGAACUGCAGUUGUUACUCAUCAUUACCAAGUGCUUUGAGGCCAUGAAGGUGGUUGCCAAUGCUGUGGAUGCCAAGAAUGACACCCAGGUUCUCAUAGAGCUGCACAAGUCAGGUUAUGCCCGCCCUGGUGACAUGGAAUUCGAAGACUUCAGCCAGCCUGUGAUCUGUGCACACUCAGAAAAUGGCCUGGACACCCUCUCAGAUGGAGAGCCUAAGUUCCAGGGCCCUGGCCAUAGUCGUGCCAAGCGCUGGCCUUUUGGCAACAAGAGCAAGGUAGGGGCCCUGAAUCUUGUGUGGGAAGACACUAUGUCUAUGGUCUUAUUGAGUGAGAUCAGUAAGUCAGGCAAUCUGUGGCUAUCAUCCUUCCAGAUCCUUCCAGGAGGCCAUGGGACUGUGGCUUCAGAGGAUUUUAGCCACUUGCCCCUGGAGCAGCAGAGAAAGUGGCUGCAGCGUCAGUUAGAAGAACACAACCAGGAGCUGCACAAGGAGGAGGAUCAGAGGGAAUCUCUGAAGAAAAUGAUGUGUUAUGAGAAGACACCCCAGAUGGGUGACCCUGCCAGCUUGCAGCCCCAGAUCACAGAAACACUGAGCCACAUCAAAUGGCUGAAAUUGGAAGUACAGAAGCACAAGGCUUGGCUGGCAGAAGCUGAGAGCCGGGUCCUAAGCAACCUAGGGGACAGCUGGUGCCAGCACACCUGUCCUCACAACCCCCCAUCCAGUGUCCCCAGGGACAGUAGCAGAAACGCUUCACAGAUCAACAAGGAGAGCUCUGAAGAGCACACCUCAGAAGAGGGCCAGGAAACCCCUAUCUACACGCCGUGCCACGAGGAUUUUGAGGAGCCUGCAUCACCCAUAGGCCAGUGUGUGUCCAUUUACCACUUUGAAGAUGAGAACACAUGGGGGUGGAGGGGGUCCAGUGAGGGCACCAUCUCUAUGACCCAGGGUGAGGACCUCAGUCUGAUGGAAGAGGACAAAGGCGAUGGCUGGACAUGGGUCCGGCAGAAACAGGGAGGUGAAGGCUAUGUGCCCACCUCCUACCUCCGAGUGUCACUCAACUGAACCUGCCAGAAGCAGGAAGAGGGGGCCUAUAAGCUGUUGCUCCUGGGCAUCGGGAGCCCAGGACCUAUGCACUUCAUUUCUGCCCCGUAGCUUUGGCUGUGACCUGUGUAACCUGCUGCCCACCCCCAUCCCACCUGUCAUCCCAAUAGACCCGCUGUGCCUUUCAAAAUCAGUGUACAUACUCAUGUUCAAGUCUUUUCUUCCUGCCACUUGGCUUGGGC